CGAGCCGCGGCGGAGGAUUUAGUGAACACACAGGAAACAACCAUUGGAUUUCAGGAACAAUUACUAUUCCGUAAGAAAAGCUGAAAGAUAAUUUUUCUUUAAACUCGCAGCAGGUUAAAUAGUCGCUCCAGUUCGCGUGCUACUUGUUAUACUGUUACAUCUGUGUAUAUUUAUUUAAAUAAAGGUCGCUCAUCAAAGAUGUUGAUUAAAGUGAAGACUCUCACUGGCAAGGAGAUAGAGAUUGACAUAGAGCCUACAGAUAAGGUGGAGCGAAUUAAAGAACGAGUGGAAGAGAAAGAGGGAAUCCCUCCCCAACAACAGAGGUUGAUCUACAGUGGAAAACAGAUGAACGAUGAGAAAACAGCUGCCGACUAUAAGAUCCAGGGCGGCUCCGUUCUUCACCUGGUACUCGCCCUGAGAGGAGGACGCCCGCUGCGCUUCACCUUUUAAGCCCCGUCGAACAACGAGCUCAAACUGACACGAUGCCUUUGAAAAUCACAGUGUUAUUUGAAGCGGUUGCGCAAUCACCUGGCGACACUGAAGGCACCAAAGAGUCACUGACUGAGUUGAAUCAGUUUCUGCUUUUGUUCUGCAGCUCCUUACAGCCUUUAGUGUGUUUUUGCCAAAGCGUUUGUGUUCAGAAAAUAAACGGCCAAAGCUUUUGGGGUUAACACUUGGCUGAGUGGCUGUUAAGACACUGAUAUUUAAAUGUUUUAUUUUUUCACUCUCUGCAAGUAAUGUUUGCUCUUAAAGGCAUGCUGGAGCUCUUUGAGGGAUGUCCUACCUUUUAGAGUUAGAUUGUCACCAAGUAACACAGGGUUUGAUUGAGCCCAACAGAUUGCUCUCAUGAAGCAGCGAUGUAAGUGUAAGAAGAACAGUUUGCAGACUAACGCAUGGUGUUUAAAAAACCCAAGACUAACCCAAAACUACACAAGAACUCCCGAUUCUACAGAUGGCAGGCUUUUGGUUGAACUUUUUUCUGUCUUUUGAGAGCAAAAAUAACUCUCAAAGACAUCAUUUACAACCAAUAAUCAGACCCUAUGUUGGAGAAAAGGGCAAGUAAAGAAGAUUUAUAUGCUGCUCAAGUGUCAGCAAGACCAUCAUGAACCCCUGUGGUUCUUUUUCCAUCUGUGUCACAGAUUGAAUAUGUAUUAUAUGACCUUGUUCUGAUUAAACAAAAAGCAGUGUGUUUACCUUUCUCGUAGCUGUCUGCACUAACGUUACCUCCCGCUCGCGUCCAGUGUCAUUAAAUAAAAUAAAAUGGAUUCUGGAAAGGC